AUGCAUAUGAUUAGGCCGGACAUUUUCAGGCUUCAUUGCCAUUUAUGGGAUGCGGUGCCGGAAUUUUGGAAUAGUAGCCGAUUUGCCCGUCCCGCGAAACUCGCCGCCUUCGCCUUUGUGCCCGUCGCUGUAACAAAAUGGCCCAGAAAGGGGAUGCAAGCUUAA